ACGGAUAGAAGGGAGCUAACUGUUGUAUAGCAAAAUAUUAAAACAGAAUUGCGUCCUAACCAAGUUUCUGCUUCAACGUGAAACCAGUGGAUUAAACAAAUCUCGACAUUCACUUACAUAUAUCAUGGCCAGUGCAAGUGGUGAGAUCUCCAGUGACAAGUUGAUAGAUCUCAGGGUUGUGGAUCUCCGCAGUGAACUGGAGAAACGAGGUCUGGACAAGACUGGAGUAAAGGCCGUGUUGUUGGAACGUUUAGAAAAGGCUCUGAAAAGUGAUGAAAAUCAUAAAGAUACCGAAGGAAGUGAAGAGAAAUCAGACAAUUUAGCUGCGUUAGUAAACGUUGAGGCUUUCUGUGAAGAGAAAUAUCUGGAAGAAAAUCAGUCUACUGAAGAUAUUAUUAAAAACGAACAUACUACAGACAACAUGGAUGAAAAAGAAUCAGAGACAUCUAAUGUGGCAUUAACAGAUGUCUUCUUAAACACUACGAAUACAGAUGGGUACUCUUUGAUCCCUGACAAAACUUCUGUGGAAGACCUUACUGAGGAUCGACUGCUUUCAAGCGAUACCAAACCAUCAGAUAUGUUGACAGAUAACACCUUUGAUAAAGACCAGUUUAAAGAGGAACUACCUAUAUCUUUAGAUACGGACAAAGACACUUGUACUGAUCUGCAGGAAGAGCCUGGUGGACCAUUAAUGGAUACCACAGCGCCUCCAGAACAGUCAUCUUCGUCAGCGGAGACAAAUACUAAAGAAGAAAAGAGUGAAAUGUCCUCAUCAACAGAGAAUGACACAAAAGAAGAAAAUAAUGAAGAAAAGUCCUCGUCAGCAGAGAAUGAUAAUAAAGAAGAAAAUGAAGAAAAAUCCUCGGCAGCAGAGAAUGAUAAUAAAGAAGAAAAUGAAGAAAAAUCCUUGUCAGCCAGUGUGAAAAGCACAACUCCAUCUCAAAAAUGUAAUGAACUGAAAGGAGAUAAGGUGGCCAAAACAGCUCUUUCGGACAAUUUACCUUCAACACCGAGUGUUCCACAUAAAGUUCCAUUUGCAUUAAAAGACACAGUCAGUAUGGACACUUCCACCACUCAACAGGGUGAAGAAAAUGAAUCACUGAUUGUACAUGUUGAUGAUACACAGAAUGAUUUAGAUGCUGAUCUUGUGGCAUCAAAGGACAAAGUGCGUGGCAAAACUGAAGCGAAGAAAACAGAUGGAAGCAAAGUUGAAGAAAGGGCUAAAGGUAAAACAGAAGGAGGGCAAACUGAGAAGAAGGCUGAUGAAAAGAAAGAUGAUAAAGAUGUAAAGUCGAAGAGUUCUUCAGCUUCUAAACCCAAAGUUAUCAAGAAUAUCACAGGCAAUGACCAAAACAGUCGGAAUUUGUGGGUCAGUGGUCUUGCCACAAGCACCCGUGCUACAGACCUUAAAGUGCUUUUUACCAAAUAUGGCAAGGUUGUUGGUGCCAAAGUAGUGACAAAUGCACGAAGCCCUGGUGCUCGAUGUUAUGGUUUUGUAACUAUGUCUUCUUCACAUGAAGCUUCUAAAUGUAUUCAACAUUUUAAUCAGACUGAACUGCAUGGCCGUAUGAUAUCAGUUGAAAGGGCUAGAAGAGAACCUAACACUAAAGCACCAGUAACAAAAGCAGGAGAAAAAAAAGUAGAAAAGGCUGAAGUAAAGAAAGAUGAAAAAAAAGAUGGUGAUAAGAAAGUUGAGAAGAGAGAAUCAAAGAAAGAUGAUAAAAGCAGGAGAACGUCCAGCAGAAGAGAUGACAAAAGACAUAGUAGCAGGAGCAGCAGAAGUCGUCACAAAAGCUCAGAUAAAUCUCAUGCAACUACACCAAAUAAGAGUACAGCUGAACCAGCUACAAAAGAAGGCUCUGAGAAAGGUGCAGAGCCUGCGGCAGCAGCAGGCGCCAAGGAGAAAGCUCCCAGUACAACAAAACCUAAACCACGAGGGCCUGGUGACCCUUCUGUCAAGAAAGAGAUUUUAUCAUUUGAUGAAAUAAAAGAAAGAGAAAGACGGCGUUCACGUCAGAGACAAAAAAAUCGUAGGGUACAGGAUAAGCGUCGGUUGAAAAAUCUUGGCCUGGCUCGUAUGCGUCAGCAGGAUGUGGUAUGGAAACAGAAGGAGGAGGCGAAAAGAUUGGGAAAAGUUAGAGAGAACAUAAGAUUAGAGAAAAUGAAAUUGGAAAAAAUGAAACUGGAAAAAGAGAAACUGUUAAGAUACAAAAUGGAAAAAGAACUUCUUGAAAUAAAAAGGCGUGAUGUAGAGAUGCAUUCAGCUGAGAUGUUACGGUUAGAGAGAAUGAAAUUGGAGAAAAUGAAGCUGGAGAAAGAGAAAUUAUUAAGAUACAGGAUGGAAAAAGAACUUCUGGAAAUGGAAAGGCGUGAUGUAGAGAUGCGGUUAAAUGAAAUGAGACAUCCUGCAAAAAGACCUCAUGAUCGAAACCGUCUUCGUGAUGAACUCUGGGACGAACCUAAACGAUCCAGGAUGAUCGGUUCUGGCAACCACUCUAGAUUUGAACUUCCAUUCCAGAAUGAGUCACGCUAUAAUGAAUAUGAGAACACUGAUUAUGGUAGAAGGGACAGUAGAUCUUUGGAAGGUGGAAGUCGCUAUGAUGAACGUAAAGAAAGAGAAAUGAUGCGAAGGGAAAUGGGUCCUUUCCGAGAUAUUCGGGUCAGAGAUGAAAGACGAACUGAAGACCGUUCUCGAACAGAUGAAAAACUCAACAGGAUGCCCUUUGAAUUAAGAAGAGAUAUGGGACCAAGUGGAGAGCCUGAUAAAAGAUAUGUUGGUUCCGAUCGAGGACGUGAUAAUGACCGACGAAGUAUAUCAGCUCACAAUAGAUUGGGCAGGGUGAGAAAUUCUUUUGGUGGUGGACCAGACCAGAGAUCUUCUUGGGGUUCUGGCAGUGUAGAUAGGAAAGUGGACAACUGGUCCCACAUGCAUGGAGACAUGGACCAACCCAGUGAACCAUGGCUUGGUGACCCCAUGGAGAAAACGGGGCGUGAUGCCAGUGGGGCAUUUGUAGACAAUAGCAGACCCGGUAAUAGUGGUGGGAUGGGGCAGAACUUGGGAUCUGGUAACACAUUUGGCAACUCUCAGUCACAUAGUGGGAUCAUGAUGGUUACACGUGGUGGUGGAGGUGGUAGUGUCAGUAAUACGAGUGGACGUAUGCAAGAACCUCGUUUUGAUGCUUACAGUAUUAUGGGAUCUAUGUGAAAUCCAAACUGAGGACUAAAGUGUGAAGUCAUGGUGAGGUGUUUGAUUUUAGAGGUGCAGAAGGUCUCUGAGACAGAUAAUAAAACCCUGCCCUCCAGCCAAUAUAUCAUCCACAUCCUGCAUUCCAUUUGUCACGUAGUGCUUGGUUGUUGGACAUCCAAUCAUAUUUCUGUCCUUCCAUAUUUUAAUGCAUGCACACACACACACACACACAUUGUCUUCUCCCUAUCUCCACUCUACUCCCUCUUACAUUACUGUCUUAAUAUAUUUAUUUCCUUCAAAUUUGUUGCUAUAUUUUAUACUGUUAUUCCUGACACACACACAUUUCCACAGUUGUUAUAUAUUAAUGAAAGAGGAGGGAGAGGAGCCCAGAUACAUUGUAUUUACCAAAGUGGGGGAGAGAGGAAGAAGAGCAACCACAGAAUGUAAUAAAGAAGUGAAAAGAGACCACAUAGAAUGUAAUAUAUGGAGAAAUAAAUUUUAUUCACUAUAAAACAAUC